AUGGGCUUGGUAGACUACUCAGAAUCGUCAGGGUCGGAGGACGAAGCGCCCGUCAAGCCAAACACCACGAAGCCCGCACCCACCACAGGAAAGAAGCCGUUCCAGAAAGUCGUCGACCGAUCGAACCCAGGCAAGAUUGUCGUCAGCCUGCCAUCGUCGCAAUCCGAAGACCCCAAACCCGCGAGCGACGAGCCACCAGCGAAGCGCGCACGCACUGGAAAGAGUGGUCUGUUCAGCGGCUUCAACUCCUUCCUUCCAGCGCCCAAGAACGCUGCAAAGGCUGCCCCGGCGCAAAGCAGCAGCAGCAACAGCAGCAGCUCGGCACGGCCAGUAUUCCAGCUCAAGACUGGCGCUGAGCCCGGCUUCAGCAGAGAAAGGGGAGGUGGAGAUGGCGAAGGAUCUUCGGGGACGGGCGGCGGUGGUAUGAGCCUGCCUGCCCCCAAGGCUCAGGCGCAACCGACGAUACCUGAAGGGAUGAAGCCGGCGGACGAGGUUAAGCUGGUGGGGAAGCCGAUGAUGUUCAAGCCUCUCUCCGUGGCCCGAAAACCGAAGAAGAAGACCCCAGCUUCGACACCCGCGACAGCGCCGAAGCCAACAUCCACAGGAGACAGAGGGUCAGAAGCAAAAGAUGCGCCUCCAGCAGCGCCGGCGCCAGCACCAGCGGCGAAGAAGGUCUCCCUCUUCUCCAUAGAAGCCGACGACGCACCGUCAGACAGCGCGCCCGCCAGCGGCGCGUACGAGCCGCUCUUCGAGACGGAACAGCCGACGGACAACGGCUACGCAGACUACGCAGCGCAAGCCGGCUGGUCGGCCCCGACGACGGCCCCCGACCCUGCAAACUCGCUCGACACCAUCGCCGACGACCUGAACCUCUCGGCCGCGGCGCGGCGCGAGCUCUUCGGUCGGCAAAAGGGCGGCGGCGCCCCGCAGACGGCCUCGCGGGUCAUCAACUUCAACACGGACCAGGAGUACAAGCACAACGAGGAGCUCCGGGCCUCGGGCCAGCAGCAGAUCCACAACCCCGUACGGGCCAUCGCGCCGGGUAAGCACAACCUGCGGCAGCUCGUCAACCAGGUGCAGAACCAGCGUGAGGCGCUCGAGGACAGCUUCGCCAAGGGGAAGAGCAACCGGAAGGAGGCGUCGAGUCGGUACGGAUGGUAG